AUGUCGGAGAAGUACUUUUGCGCCUUCUUCGGCCGAACUAAAGUCAAGGUUGGUGACGAGCACGCAGGCGAAAAGUGCCAGCUUAGCUUUCGCAACGGCACCAAGUGCUGGACGCCUUUCGCGCCGCAGCGAUACCGCCGUCACCAUGACUCGCAUCACGCGGAUCUAUGGGCCGAGUACAGCGCCUUGUCCGAAGAGAAAAAGAGCGUGUAUUUCGAUGGCAAGGCGAAUCACAUCAACAGUCUGCACCAUCACUUUGACUUCGCUUCGGACUCGCUCACGUUUCGCGUAUUGGCGCCCAUCGUUGACGUCAUCAUCACCGACCUAUUCUUCCGCCCCAACGAGGUACUUGCCGACUUUGACGACGACGGGGACGAGGGCGAUGGCGGCGCGGCCACUGCGAUUGCUAAGAAGGCUGCUGCAAAGUCCAAGCAGAAGAAGCUGGCGCUGAAGCUGUUCGUCAAAGACAAGGAGAACGUGGCGUCCGCGAUGCGGAACAACAAGAAGCGCUGCGGCCUGUCCAAUCUGGGCAGCAUGAAUGGUACCAUCGUCGACCAGUACGUACGCGCUGUCGUCGCGUUCGCCCUGCAGCACAUUGUAGACCUGUGCGUCGACGAGUCGAUCUGGAUGCUGUCAUUUGCUGGCGACAGCAGUACCCACCGCGGCCAGCAUAUCUUUGACCUGCGCGUGUGCUACCGCGACGUCCUGCUAAAUUUUCACCUCGUGGCCGCCCCCUCAGUUUGGACUCCACACGGCGCUCAACACUUUCAGUAUGCUGGAGUUGAUCAGCUUGCAGUGCCAGAGGCACUGUACGGCCUCUGGCACUGCAAGCUGAUCAACGUUGGCACUGACGGCGAGCCGACUACGGUCGGGUAA